AUGAUGCUGGUGUGGCCCUCGGUCAAAACGAGUGUGUUGUGGUCAGGAGCCGUCAUCAUUGCGUCGGAGUGGAGUUGCCGUGGCAGCCCUGACGGGGCGCAGGAGGACGGCGCCGAUGGAGAAGGAGUGGCAGAUGGGCCGGACCGUGGAUUGGAUGGCGACCCAGAGGGAGUUUGGAGUCCAGACAUUGAGCAGAGCUUUCACGAAGCUUUGGCCAUCUACCCUCCCUGUGGCAGGAGGAAGAUCAUACUUUCUGACGAGGGGAAGAUGUAUGGUCGAAAUGAGCUGAUAGCUCGCUAUAUCAAGCUACGAACAGGGAAGACGCGCACACGCAAACAGGUGUCUAGUCACAUUCAGGUUCUGGCACGUAAGAGGGUACGAGAAUACCAGACCAGCAUCAAGGUCUCUAGUCACCUGCAAGUCUUGGCCAAGAGAAAGUCUCGUGAGAUUCAGUCUAAGCUCAAGGCCAUGAACUUGGACCAGGUAUCCAAAGACAAAGCAUUGCAGACAGUAGCCAAUCUCUCAUCAGCUCAGAUUGUGUCUGCUAGUGUAAUGAAACCCCAGACUCCGUUUCCACCACCAGUCAGAUUUUGGCCCGGCCCAAUGCCAGGACAGCCUGGACAGCCUGGACAUUCUCAGGACAUCAAGCCCUUUGUACAGCCACCGUACACGACACUACCAGCCGCUGUCCCUGCACCUAUCAGCUAUGAGCCUCUGCCUCCCCCCAGACCAGCAGCUAUAGCAGCUCCUGUAUGGCAAGACAGAACCAUCGCCUCAGCAAAACUACGGCUCCUGGAGUACUCUGCUUUUAUGGAGAUCCAGAGAGACAGGGAGACGUAUAAACACCUUUUCGUACUCAUUGGCCCAUCAAACCCUGGCUACAGUGACCCCGUACUGGAGUCCAUAGAUGUGAGGCAGAUUUACGACAAGUUCUCCGAGAAGAAAGGAGGCCUGAAGGAGCUAUAUGAAAAAGGGCCACACAACGCAUUCUUCCUCGUCAAGUUCUGGGCGGACCUGAGCAGCGACAUCGAGGAGGGCGCCGGUGUGUUCUACGGUGUGAGCAGCCAGUACAGUGGGACAGAAAACAUCACCAUCAGUGUCUCCACGAAGGUCUGCUCCUUUGGCAAACAGGUGGUCGAGAAGGUUGAGACAGAAUAUGCUCACAUGGAAGGGGGAAAGUAUGUGUUCCGCAUCAAUCGUUCACCCAUGUGUGAAUAUAUGAUCAACUUCAUCCACAAGCUCAAACACCUGCCGGAGAAAUACAUGAUGAACAGUGUACUGGAAAACUUCACCAUCCUACAGGUGGUGUCCAACAGAGAAACUCAGGAGACUCUGCUGUGCAUCGCCUUUGUGUUUGAAGUGUCCACCAGUGAACAUGGUGCACAGUACCAUGUGUAUCGACUCGUUAAUGACUAGCAGCACGUUGCGUGCAUGCAGAGACUCUCCACAGACUUUUUGAUAUAUACAGCAUAAACACUAUUUUCAGCUCAAACACAGAGAAUCAACACUCCUCUACUCUAAACACACACUAGUUUUAACAGACCAACAGUCACACUGUCGUCACACUGUGUAUGCAUUUCCAUCGCUGCAAACUAUGCACACAUUUCCUAGCAUCCUAUGACUUAAACACUAAAUUUGAAACUCAUUUUGUAUAGGUUUUGACCCAAAUGUGGCAUAGCUAUCACUACGUGUCAUAAUGUUAUUCAGUGUAAUUAUUCAGGUGAAUGCCCGAAUAAUUACAUUAUUAAUUCAUUGACAAAAAGAAACCAGCGAAAGAAGCAAACUACACUUUAUCAAGUUUAAUAUGCUAUAUUUUUCCAUCAAAUACAUGAUAUAAAAUGACAAUCUAGCUGUGGUGCACCGCAAAUGGAUGUUCUCGCCUCCAGGGAGUUUUCCAAGCAUAUGAAUUGACAUCAUGGGUGUGACUGAUGUGAGACAAGUUUGAAUAUAGGUUGGCAAUCAAAUCAUUUAACCAGUGUUAAUCUAACUCUUCCACCAUGCCUCUUUCUAGCUGUGUACGGUAGGAAACGAUUGAGCCUAUAAUGGCGUAUCCUUUAUCACUGCUCAGUGUGGAGAAUCAUUAUACUCCAGUUGGUUAAAUCAAAACUCUUAGGAUCCUAUGACAGAACUAGUGUGAAAGAGUGUGCCUUUUCCGAGAAUGCAAUUCACUACACGUGAAGACGUGAAAGUCGUAUUUAUAUUUGAAACACAUUGUCAAAGUGUAAAGAGGACCAUCCUUUGAGGUUUAUUAGCUGUUGAAAGGCUUCCAGUGGUACAGUGUGUGAAGGGGAAGAUCGCUUGUCCCAAUGUUUAAGAGGUGUUUUCAUUUUGACUCACUUGUUUUUGGAGGAAAAAAAAUAGUUCCCAGCCAGUUUCGGAUUCAGUUCAGCAUUUUGAAUGAAAUAAUUUUCUUCUACUGUUCAUUUACACAAUACUGUUUUAGUCUGACUGCGUUGGUUCGCUGCAGUAUUUCUACCUCUGCGUGAGUUGGGAUAAGAAUGUGCUUUGGGUCAUAAAGCCUUAACCUGAGGAGCACUGAUGUAUAGGACGUGUACACUACACUUGUAAUGGUACUGUUUAUAAGCCAAAACAAGGUAAAUAGACUUGUUUUUGUAAAGAUGAACUAUCUUUCUUUGUAUUUUACCAGCACAGCUAGAAGUUUUACUCUAAACAUCAGAAAUGGUGGGUGUUUUGGUUGUAUCUUUUUUGGUGUCUGCAAAAUGAUGUAUGGUACAGACCACACUAAGGUUACCCACAGUGCACUGGGGUAGAUUUUUGUCUGAUAACACUAACCAAUUAUCCAGCUUACACUUGCUUUCUUUCUGUUUUGGUCGAUGUAUUGUUUUUUUGUUUCUGGUAAACAUUGCUACCAGCAUUUUUUAUAUAGUAAAUGUUAAUUGACUGUAUUAUGCCCUCUCCUGGAAGGAUUAUCUUUUAACUAUUAUCAUGAAAGUAAAAGCCAACUGGUUUUAAAAAAAAAAACAUAUUCACUGUGUGGUCAGCCAAAAUGUUUAUCUGUUUAAUUUUCCCAUCAAUGUACCCGUGUUGGCUGAGCCCCAUCCCUUUUUUGGUCCAGUCUGCUCAGUGAAUUAAAUCUGUGCCUUCAUGCUAUACCAAUAAAACCACAUGGUGUUUGCAGAA